UUGGAGCCGAGGAGGUGGUGCCCCCACUAGCGCGGGCUGGCCGCUUCCAGGUUUUCCCCUCGCCAUCCCUGCAGAGAGAAAGACUCGCCCGGGCCCUGGGAUUUCUCUCUACGGAUUGCUGGAGUGCCCCACGAGCCACAAACAUGUCCUUGGAUGACAUUCAGAUGAAUUCGGAGGACUUUUUGCAAAAAGAGCAGCUGGACGCCGGCGGAUUUGGAAUGGUUUCGCUGUGUUACCACAAGAGGCACGGGCUUGUGGUGCUGAAAACGGUGUACACAGGGCCUCAGCGCACAGAGUGUAACACGUCCCUUCUCGAAGAAGGCAAGAUUAUGCUCAGACUAAACCAUGACCGUGUGGUGAAGCUACUGGGCAUCAUUUUGGAAGAUGGCAACUACUCCCUGGUGAUGGAAUACGUACGCAAAGGAAACCUGAUGUCCGUACUAAAGGCAACCUCUAUUCCUUUGUCCGUGAAAGGGUGCUUCAUCCUAGAGAUCAUUGAAGGAAUGCUUUACUUAACUGAACAGGGCUUAGUUCACAAGGACCUAAAACCAGAAAAUAUCCUUGUAGACGAGGACUUUCAUAUUAAGAUAGCAGACCUUGGCGUGGCCCGCUUCAAAAGCUGGAGCAGGCUGACCAAAGAGGAGAGCAUCCGGAAGAUGAAAAUCAACUGCAGCUCAAAGAGCAACGCCGGCACCCUUUUUUACAUGGCCCCAGAACACUUGGCAUCAGUUAACACCACGCCUGUGGAAAAAUCAGACGUGUACAGCUUUGGCAUAGUAUUAUGGGCCAUCUUUGCCAACAAAGAACCCUAUGAGAAUGCUUUGACUGACGCGCAAAUAUACUUCUGCAUCAUGCAUGGGGACAGGCCUCUCAUAGAGGAGAUUGAAGAAAGUUGCCCAGGAGAGAUCAUUACACUAAUGAAACAAUCUUGGAGUCAAAAGCCGGAGGAACGGCCAACUUUUGCAGAAAUCAAUUUGACGUACAAGCCAUUUUAUCAGCAGAACUUUGAAAAGGAUGUUGAAGAUGACUUGAGAAAGUUAAAAGAAAAGUACCCUGAGCCAACGGAACUUAUAAAAAGGAUGCAGUCUCUCCAGGUGGAUGCCGUGGCAGAACCACCAAGCAAUGGCCGGACGGAUCUUCCCGGCUCCCUGCACAGCUCUCCGUGUCCUGCGGCCAGCAACACCGUAGACGAAGCCAUGUUUGCAGCUUGCCCGGUGAAUGAACCUGUGGAGAGCUGCGAAACAUCCUUGGAUCCUCCAGUGACCUUGGAGCGGAAACUGCAGGACGAGCUGAACUACCACGUGCACGGCAGCAGGAUGGACAAGGCGGAAGGCCGUUCCAUGUCGUACAGCGCCGAAAUGCUGGAGCAGGAGAGGAGGAGGAAGGUGUCUCACGACCCGUAUGCAAAGGCGACUGCUGCCCGCCCGAUGCAGGAGUCACACCUGAGGCCUGAAAAGGUUGGGCCUGGCGCCCGUCAUAGCAACACCACUGUGGACCCGUACAGUCGUCAGUGGAAACCACCCCCACUCAGAGCUACUCUGGAAAGGGAAAAUAAUAGCCGGCCGAAUCCAGUUAGGCACUAUGGGACCGGACCUGCAAAUCUCAGAGCAUCUCUAAGCCCAGAAGAUCUCUAUGGAUCAGCCAAUCCCUUUAGCUUCAAUAAACCGCCCGUACCUGAAUCUGGUGUGGAUCGUCAAUCUAACCCAUUCAGACCUUACUAUUUUGGCAAAAGCUUCAGUACAGAAACUGAUCCAGAGGAAUCGACCUCUUUUAUGAAGACGAACUUUGCCCAUACACCUAUACACAAAAAGAAUUCAGGAGAACCUGCAAGCUACAAUAUAUAUAAUAGUAGUGCAAUUCAGAUAGGCUCUCACAACGUCUUAACCAUUAAACAAAAACCUCAAGAAAUAUGUACUAUGCCGGAAAAUACUUAUUAUAAUCCUGCAGAUUACCAGAAACUGUUUGAGAACACUGCUCUCGUUUCGGAAGUGCAACUGAACCUCGUGAGAGAAAAUAUGGGGAAGAAGUGGAAACCCACGGCGCGGAAGCUGGGCUUCAGCAACCCUGACCUGGAGGAAAUUGACCACGACUACGAGCGAGAUGGGUUAAAGGAAAAAGUUUAUCAAAUGUUUCAGAGGUGGCAGAUGAAGGAAGGGAGCAAAGGAGCGACGGUGGGAAAGCUGGCCAGAGCUCUCUUUGCUAGCCAGAGGAUAGAUCUCCUUGCCAAAAUAAAGCAGGAGUCAGAAAUGAGUAACAAAUGAGAGUCAUAAACCAGCAUAAACUACUUUGCAGGGGAAAGUAUGGACAUUUUGCUUUACAGUAUCUUGAUUGCCAUUAUGAAUGCUCUGGUGCUGACUGUAUAGAAUUUGCCGUCAAAUGAAUGUAUUUGUAUAAUUUUAAUUUUUUAAAAAACCCAAUAUAAAUGGACGCAAGACUGCUCUAGCUUUAUUGUAAAUAAUAAAAUAUUAUCAGAUACAAAA